AAGUUAUAUGAAGGAAACAAUAGGAAUAAGUGCCCUGCAAGUGGGGAAAUUUUUCCUGAAAAAUCAGACCUUUAUAUGCAACGGAAUACCCAUAAAAGAAAGAAAAUAUUUAAAUGCCCAGAGUGUGGAAAAAUCUUUGGGCGAAAGGAUAAGCUAACUUCCCAUCAAAGAACUCACACAGGGGAGAAACCAUAUAAAUGCUUGGAAUGUGGGAAAGCCUUUAGUCAGACUGCACACCUUUAUUCCCAUCAAAGAAUUCACACAGGGGAGAAAAAAUAUAAAUGUCUGGAAUGUGGGAAAAGCUUCACUCAAAGUGGAAACCUUACUUCCCAUCAAAGAAUUCAUACAGGGGAGAAAAAAUAUAAAUGCCUGGAGUGUGGAAAAAGCUUCAAACACAGUGGAAGCCUUACUACCCAUCAAAGAAUUCACACAGGAAAGAAACCAUAUAAAUGCCUGAAGUGUGGAAAAAGCUUUGGGCGGAAGUAUAGCCUAACUUACCAUCAAAGAAUUCACACAGGAGAGAAAUCAUAUAAAUGCCUGAAGUGUGGGAAAAGCUUUGGACGGAAGGAUGAACUAGUUUCCCAUCAAAGAAUUCACACAGGGGAGAAACCAUACAAAUGCCUGGUGUGUGGAAAAAGCUUCAGUCACAGUGGAAACCUUACUUCCCAUCAAAGAAUUCACACAGGGGAGAAAAUAUAUAAAUGCCUGGAAUGUGGAAAAGGCUUCCAUCGAAGUGCAAACCUUACUUCCCAUCAAAGAAUUCACACAGGAGAAAAACCAUAUAGGUGUUUGGAGUGUGGAAAAAGCUUUGGACGGAAAGAUAAUCUAAUUUCCCAUCAAAGAACCCACACAGGGCAGAAACCACACAAAUGCCUGGAAUGUGGAAAAAGUUUUAGUCGGAGUUCCUACCUAAUUUCCCAUCAAAGAAUCCACACAGGGGAGAAACCACACAAAUGCCUGGAAUGUGGAAAAUGCUUUGGGCGGAAAGACAACCUUACUUCUCAUCAAAGAGUUCACACAGGGGAGAAACCAUACAAAUGUCUGCAGUGUGGGAAAAGCUUCCGUCAGAGUACAUACCUUAUUUUUCAUCAAAGAAUCCACACAGGGGAGAAACCAUAUAAAUGCAUGGAGUGUGGGAAAAGCUUUGGACGGAUAGAUAAUCUAAAUUCUCAUCAAAGAAUUCACACAGGGGAAAAACCUUAUAAAUGCCUGGAGUGUGGAAAAAGCUUUGGGGAGAAAGGUGCCCUAACUUCCCAUCAAAGAAUUCACACAGGAGAGAAACCAUAUAAAUGCCUUGAGUACUGUGGCAAGAGCUUUUCUCAUAAGUCAAGCCUCAUUCAACACCUAAGAAUUCACACAGGAGAGAAACCAUAUGAGUGCAUAGAGUGUGGGAAGAGGUUUAGUCAGAACGCAUAUCUUAGUCAGCAUCAAAGAGUUCACACAGGAGAGAAGCCAUUUAGCUGCUCAAACUGCGGCAAGAGCUUUUCUGAUAAAUCAAGCCUUGUUCAACAUGUAAGAAUUCACACAGGAGAGAGACCGUUCAAAUGUAUGGAGUGUGGGAAAAGUUUCGGACAGAGCAACUACCUUAAUCGGCAUCAAAGGAUUCACACAGGUGAGAAGCCACAUAGCUGCUCAGACUGCAGCAAGACCUUCUCUGAUAAAUCAAGUCUUGUUCAGCAUCUAAGAAUUCACACUGGAGAGAAACCAUUCCAAUGUUUGGAAUGUGGAAAGAGCUUCUGCCAGAGAGCGCACCUUCGUCAACAUCAAACAGUCCAUACGGGAGAGAAGCCACAUGGCUGCUCAGAGUGUGGCAAGAGCUUCUCGGAUAAAUCAAGUCUUCUUCGACAUCAAAGAAUCCACACAGGGGAGAAACCAUUUAAAUGCUUGGAGUGUGGAAUCAGCUUCCGUCAGAGCACGUACCUUAAUCGCCAUCAAAGAAUCCACACGGGAGAGAAACCGCAUGGCUGCUCAGAGUGUGACAAGAGCUUCUCCCAUAAAUCAAGCCUUAUUCAACAUCUCCGAAUCCACACAGGGCAGAAACCGUAUAAAUGCCUUGAGUGUGGAAGAAGCUUCAGUCAGAGGACAUGCCUUAGUCAACAUCGAAGGAUCCACACCGGGGAGAAACCAUACACCUGCUCAGACUGUGGCAAGAGCUUCUCCCACAAAUCCAGCCUCAUUCAGCAUUUAAGAAUUCACACAGGGGAGAAACCAUUUAAGUGUUUUGAGUGUGGUAAGAGCUUUAGACUAAGAGGACACCUGACUCAGCAUCAAAUAAUCCAUCUCUCUGGUGCCAAACCUGAUUAAACAUCAGAAAUCUAUCCAGGUCAGAAACCAUAUGAAUGCUUAUGGAUAUAUCUUCACUCAAAGCACACAACUUGAAUAUCCAUUCAAGAGAGGGACCACAAACAUCCUAACAUUAACGGGAAAAAUCCUUUCUACUCAAACUCACUUCUCAAUAUAAUGGGCUCUCAGAAUGAAAUAAAAAACCAUAUAAGACCCAGGUGAGAGAAUCUUCAGCUGGAACUGCUGCGUGUUAAAAAUCCAUUUGACCCUCUCUCACCAGGCAAAACCAAGCGUCUAACAUUCUGCUCCAGGGACCAUCGUUGCAAGUAUGUGAGGAGCAGGGCCUGUUUUGUGGUUGUGCCACAGUUUUGGGACACCUUCCUCAGUGACAUCUGUAUAACUUCAGGUAGAAGAACUAAAUAUUGUGCAUCGAAUAUGUAGAAACAGGAGACUGGACUGGA